GUUCGGUUUUAUCAGUCCGAGCGAGUCGAACGGUGUGCCAGCUCGGCCUGCCCCACAUUUUCAGUCACUCGCACGCGACAGCGCAUACCGCAGGUGCGAGCCGAUCGUUCGCGAAUCCUAGAUUCGCUUUUCGAUCUUUGAGAUCUCUUCCGGUGAUCUCGAUCGUUUUUCUUUUUCGAUAAAUAAGAGGUGAAAACAUGGACUAUUCGACAUUACCUUGAAGUAAACACAUAUUUGUUGAGAGAAAGUUUGAAUGAAAUUUGGAAAACAGGGUGAAGGAAGAGGACAAACAACAUGGAAGACGAAGAUUUUGGAUUUACAAAAAGGGACAACAGAGCCCUAGUGAAGAUCCUAACCGUUGAGAAAGAGGAAGGGAAUACACAAAAGGAGAGAGGACCGUCCUCAGCGCCGACGAGGGCUGCGGCCGCCGGUGGAAGCGGUGGAGACGGCAAUCGUAGUCGUUCCAAGACCGCCCCCUCGUCAGUUCCAAACAACGCGCCGAACAUACCGAACGUCGUCGAAUAUCAUCUCAAAGUAAAGCCACCUUCUAAAAUCAACAAACUCGAAGAACAAUCUAGAAGCAAUCAUAAAGAAGAAAUGAAGAAAGAUUUGUUGUCCGUAACGGAAAAUAAGAAGGACCUGAUAACACAAUUAUCUCGUCUGUCGAUCGACAACAAUGUGUUCGAAGGGUCGACUGAUUUGCCGCAGGUGUUUCAGGUAAAAUACUUGGGAUCUCACGAUGCAAGGGGCCUCUGGGGUAUAAAACAUACGAGACAACCGGUCGAUAACAUGGUAACCUCGGCUAAAGCAUUACCGACCAAUACGAUGCUGCCUUUGAUCAAGUUAGUGGUAUCUCAAGAAGGAGUAGCACUUUUACCGCUCGACAAAAGGAAGCAGGAAGGCAAUAUAGCUAAAAUGUACGCCAUCGAAACUAUUUCCUAUGGUGUUCAAGAUCUCGUUUAUACCAGGGUAUUCUCGAUGAUCGUUGUUCGUGAAACAGAUAACUUUCGUAGGGUAUCACCCUUCGAGUGUCAUGGCUUCGUUUGCGAAUCGAAACAUCAUGCCAGACAACUCACUUAUGCACUUGCCACUGCAUUUGAGAUUUACUCGAGAAAAGUCAAGUUCCAAGAUAAGACUAAUUCUGAAAACGUUGUCAGUAGUACUAAGAAAAGAUUUGCCAUCGAUCUCAGAACUCCUGAAGAAAUCGAAGCCGAUCUUUGUAUGGAUUCUGAAGCGUGAAGGAUUUAGAUAUUUUCUUUCAGACAUUACGGCUGUUCAGAUUUUUACGUCGAUGAAGGUCGAUGAACGUCGACGAAGGUUAGUCCUUUUGUUUUCUUCGUGUUACCUUUAAACAUAGGGGUAUAUAUCUAUGUUAGUUAUGCUGUCUAAUGAUAACGUAGUUAUAAACAAGUGAUUUGAAA